UCGCUAACCGAGAUCGAACCGGGGCUCUUCCUCGGCAACUGGGCGUCGUCGGUCGACGUGGGCACGCUGAUGCGGCACGGGAUCACGGCCAUCGUAUCCCUCGGACACGGGCCGGCGGCGGCAUGGAGCGGGCCGGCGCACCGCAAGCUCGUCCCGGCAUCGCGGCACCUGUUCGUGGCGUGCGACGACUCGGCGACGGCUGACCUGCUGGGCCGCCUGCCGGCCGUGUGCGACUUCAUCGACGCGCAGCUGGGGACCGACGCGCUCAGCUACGCCGACGAGCCGGGCCGCGUGCUCGUGCACUGCAGCGAGGGCGUGUCACGGUCGCCGACGGUGGUGGUCGCGUACCUGAUGCGCAAGCACCGGAGCACUGUGGCGGCGGUGCUGCGCGACGUCAGGCGGCGCCGCCGCGUCGUCGACCCCAACCGCAACUUCCUCGAGCAGCUGCACCUGUGGGAGGAGCUGCAGUACGACGUGUGGGAGGACGCCGCCUGCCAAGUGCCCAAGCCGCUGUACCGCCGCUUCCUCGAGAGCCGCGCCGAGAUGCUCACGGCGGCGGGC